AGUCAGUGUGCGGUUUGGGAGAAAAUGUGUCGGAUAUUUUGGGGCGGUCACGUGGGCGGGCGGGCUCCGAGAGGCCCCGGGACAGUCCCAGCCUAGAGCCCGUGCCCCCCCAGAGCCCCCCAUUACCGCGAGCCCCUGACACUGCGGCGCUUCAUCCCCUCGACCGCCCGACGCCGGGACCUCGGGGCUCGGCGGCCGCCCUUCCCCCUCCCUCCCCCUCCAGGACUCUUGGAGACUGCGGCCGGCGGUCCAGGCAGGGUGGGCACGGAGCCUCCCAGGCCCGGGCAGUGGGCAUGGGCGGGGGCUGUGGCUGAAGGCCUCCCCCGCCCACUGCAGACCCGGGGGGCCUCCCCCUGCCUCACCACUGCGGCCAUGGCCACCAAUAAGGAGCGACUCUUUGCGGCAGGCGCCCUGGGGCCCGGAUCUGGCUACCCGGGGGCCGGCUUCCCCUUUGCCUUCCCAGGAGCUCUCAGGGGGUCUCCACCUUUCGAGAUGCUGAGCCCUGGCUUCCGGGGCCUGGGCCAGCCUGACCUUCCCAAGGAGAUGGCUUCUCUGUCGGUGGAGACACAGAGCACCAGCUCAGAGGAGAUGGUGCCCAGCUCGCCCUCGCCCCCUCCACCUCCUCGGGUCUACAAGCCUUGCUUCGUGUGCAAUGACAAGUCCUCUGGCUACCACUAUGGGGUCAGCUCUUGUGAAGGCUGCAAGGGCUUCUUCCGCCGCAGCAUCCAGAAGAACAUGGUGUACACGUGUCACCGCGACAAGAACUGCAUCAUCAACAAGGUGACCCGGAACCGCUGCCAGUACUGCCGGCUGCAGAAGUGCUUCGAAGUGGGCAUGUCCAAGGAAGCUGUGCGGAAUGACAGGAACAAGAAGAAGAAAGAGGUGAAGGAAGAAGCGUCCCUUGACAGCUAUGAGCUGAGCCCCCAGUUAGAAGAGCUCAUCACCAAGGUCAGCAGGGCCCACCAGGAGACCUUCCCCUCGCUCUGCCAGCUGGGCAAAUACACUACGAACUCCAGUGCGGACCACCGGGUGCAGCUGGACCUGGGGCUGUGGGACAAGUUCAGCGAGCUGGCCACCAAGUGCAUUAUCAAGAUAGUGGAGUUCGCCAAGCGGCUGCCUGGCUUCACAGGGCUCAGCAUCGCCGACCAGAUCACCCUGCUCAAGGCGGCCUGCCUGGACAUCCUGAUGCUGCGGAUUUGCACGAGGUACACCCCAGAGCAGGACACCAUGACCUUCUCGGACGGGCUGACCCUGAACCGGACCCAGAUGCACAACGCCGGCUUCGGGCCCCUCACCGACCUGGUCUUUGCCUUUGCUGGGCAGCUGCUGCCCCUGGAGAUGGACGACACAGAGACGGGGCUGCUCAGCGCCAUCUGCCUCAUCUGCGGCGACCGUAUGGACCUGGAGGAGCCCGAAAAGGUGGACAAGCUGCAGGAGCCACUGCUGGAAGCCCUGCGGCUGUACGCCCGGCGGCGGCGGCCCAGCCAGCCCUACAUGUUCCCAAGGAUGCUCAUGAAGAUCACCGACCUCCGGGGCAUCAGCACCAAGGGAGCAGAAAGGGCCAUUACCCUGAAGAUGGAGAUUCCGGGCCCAAUGCCUCCCCUGAUCCGAGAGAUGCUGGAGAACCCCGAAAUGUUUGAGGACGACUCUUCGCAGCCUGGCCCCCACCCCAAGGCCUCCAGCGAGGACGAGGCUCCUGGCAGCCAGGACAAAGGGGGCCACAGCCCCCAGGCUGAACGGGGCCCCUGACUCCCUCCCUGAGGGCUGGGGUUCCAGGCAGCAGACUGACCACCCCCAGACACUGCAGCUCUGGGGGGGACCUGCUCUGCUCUCUCCCCGCCCCUCCAACGAGCUCCUUGUUUUUGCCAAAGUUUCUAGGGGUGCCUCUGUGUUCAUCCCCUUCCCGCUCUACUCCCUCUCCAGUUUCGGGGGCCUGUCCUGCUCCCCUUGGGAGAGAGGGUCGCGGGGCCAGCCUGGGUUUGGACUCUGAAACCUCCACGCCGCCCCUCCGGUGCCGGGCCCGGGCUCCCAGGGCAGGAGGAAGAUCCUGCCCCGCCACAGUCCCUUCCUCUGCCCGGUGCUCGGGCCUCUGGGAGCAAACAGGAACACUAGAGACCAAAAGGGGGUGAAGGGGGUGCUGAGCCCACUCUCGCCCUUCCCUGGUGCCUAAUGCUGCGUAAUGCACCUGCUCGCACCUGCCAGGUGCGUGCCCUCUGUGCCCCAUCCUCGUGCCAGGUCAGGGUGGGGCAGCCGGGCCCUUCACGGCUGAGGGCCCGGGGUGCAGGGGCGGGCGGGUCCACCCUGCGCUCCCCGUGGGCUGGCCUCCCUGGCGGCCUCCGUUCGGCCUCCGUUCGAAGCCGCCCGCCAGCCCCGCCGUGUGCCUUGGGCUCCCCUUGCCUCCCAUCUCAGCCAUUGGGGCAGGGACCCUCCUACACUACAGAGGGGCCAGGGGUCCCUCUGCCCCCAGUGCCUUCUCCCUUGACCCCCCCAGAGCAGCUUGGCCCAGGGAGGGGGGUGGGCGCUGCUUAGCUGAUCUCGCCUUGACCCAGAGGAAGCCUCUAUUUAUUUAUUAGCUUUUGUUUACACCCUGGAAUUGAUCCCUUCCUCCAGGGGUCUUGGGAGGGGGAGCCCAGGGCCUCUGUGACCCCCCCCCGUUUCCCCUGCCAAUCCCCAGUUUGUAUUUAGCUGCCAAAUAAGAUUCCCAACGGCUCCCCUUUUUCUCUGGGGGGUCAGGGUGCUGUCCCCUCCCCUCUGUUUACAUCUCCCGUCAGCCCGCUGUACCGCAUAUUGCUGAGUUUUCUAUUUUUGCAAAAUAAAGUGAUGGAAACUC